AAUAUCAUCAAAUAAGUAUGGUUUUGUUGUCAAUUAUUAACACUUCACAUAAAAAACCAACACAAACACAACACUUGAAACAUACAAAACCAGAAAAAAACUAAAAAAAAAAAACAAAAUAUGUCCAAGACAUUGGAAAAAAAGGAAAAUGUUUUUGGCUUAAACUUCGAAUUACAACCCACACAAGAUGUUCCAGUUUACCAAUAUCUCGAAGCCAAUGAGUCAUUCCUAAAGAAGCCCUCGAUGGUCAAAGAGGUAAUGGAGUACCUGGAUACCAUUGAAAAUGCCAAUAAGAUGGAUUCCACAAGGACUGCUAGGAAAACCGCUGUUGACCGCAAAUCAGUGGCGCAGGACGAUGACUUUCUGGUCACUCUACGAACGCCUACAAAUGUCCGGUCAUCGUUCAGACGAGCCAAAUUUAAAAAAAUCCCCAUGAACACGAAUCAAUUUACUUUCAUGCGACAAAUCGAACCAGAGCCAGAGGAUCGCAUCUUGGCCCGGCAACAAAGGGAAAUUGUGGCCGAAACAUUUCGUCGAUCGGGAAACUUUGAGUAUCGCAAACAAAGAUUCGAAGUGGCAAUAGACUUUUAUACGAGGGGUCUGACGUACGUGAAGGAUACCCCAGUUCUAUAUGUGAAUCGUGCCAUGUGCUACAUCAAAUUGAGGGCAUACAAGCGCGGUAUUAUGGAUUGCGACCAUGUCCUUACCUACAUAGAUGAAAAAUAUCCGCGUGCUUGGCUUUAUCGUGCGGCGGCCUAUAAGCGACUGAACGAUGAAGCCAAUUACGAGUAUAGUGUCUCCCAAGUGAAACGAUUAAACAACACGGAAACUGAGUUUAUAGAUGACUUUUUGGAGAAAAUGCGAACGCUACUUUAGGCAGCAUCAAAAUCUUGAUAUGUACAAGCGAAGAUUACCUAAAUAAAGUAUAAUUGUAUAGACAGAAA